AUCAUGUUUGACAAUAAGUGAAGAAGAUAGAUAAUAUAUUAAAUAUUUUAAAUAGAAUCAAAGAUGAUAGUAUCUAUUAUAAAAAAAUAAUAUAAAUUAAUAUAAUAAGUAAAUUGCGCGUCAAGUGUCUCAUUGGAUCAUCACAGAUUUUUAGUCGUAGAUUGGACUACAUCAAUCAGCAAGAUAAAAUUUUUACUGCGAAGAUGGCUAGCAGUACCACACCAGAAAAUAACAGCUUUCUCGAGAAAGUAAAGGAUUUUCCACCAAUUAUUGAUGGCAAAAUUAAUGCAGUAAAAUUUAUUGAAUCAACUCUGGGCUUGUUAUGGGUUGUUGAGAGCCUUGGUAAAAUUUUUGCUCCAGUUAAAUAUGACAUGGAAGGAAAUAUUGAUAAAAUCAAGAAAUUGGACCCAAAAGAUAGCUCCUGUUUACUUGAACUAUUACAAAGAGAAUGUUUACAAGGCAAACCCGUAGCAACUGAGGGAUUAUUAUGGCUUAACAGAUCGCUUUGUUUCUUCGAAAUUGUGUUUCAAGAAAUGAUAUACUUGAUUGAGGAAAACAAUUUGAACAUAAACAUGAGGAAGAUAUACACCAUUGCAUAUGAGGGGUCUGUUAAGAAAUAUCACAACUGGGUUACUCAACAAAUAUUUGCACUCAUUUGCCGGUUGGCUCCUACACUUCAUCAGCUGUUGAAAUCAUUUGGAGUGGACACCAACAACGUAGCAUCAUUCAAAACCAGACUCACAAGUUUUAACAUAACAUUACAUUUAGUGAGGUGUAAAAUUGAUGAUUAUUACAAAGAUAAUAAUUUAUUUUGCUAACAAUAAUACUUAAACCUAGUAUUUUAAUAAGGCGCCAUAUUUUAUUAUCCGAUUAGCAAUAGCAUUUGUAUAUACACCAUUAAGUAUAUUUUAA